GUUAUCUCGGAUUAAAAAAAAUGUAUUUAUUAUUUUUAUCAUAUUGAAAGCUUGUUGAAUAUAAACAAGAAAGUUUGAAAAUUCAUUUCAUUUAUAUUUUUGCCCUAUUUCAAUAUUCAUUAUAGUUUUCCGAUGUCCGAAUUUCAAGAAUCAAAUCAAAAGAGAUGGAGUCACUUGAGGAAAGUUUUAGAAAGACCAGGACCAUUCAGCCACCCUGAAUUCGAACCUUCCUCAGAGAUAUUAGAUUUUAUAAUGUCAUCAUGCAAACUGUUAGUGAUAGGGGCUGGAGGGUUAGGUUGUGAAUUAUUGAAAGAUUUGGCCUUACUUGGCUUUAAAAAUAUACAUGUAAUAGAUAUGGACACUAUUGACUUAUCAAAUCUGAACAGACAAUUUUUAUUCAGGCAUAAAGAUAUUGGAUCAUCCAAAGCUGAAAUUGCUGCCUCUUUCAUUAACAAAAAGAUACCUGGAUGCCAGGUUAUUCCACAUUUUUCUAAAAUACAGGAUUUUGAUGAAAAUUUCUAUAGACAGUUUCAUAUUAUUGUAUGUGGCUUAGAUUCAAUUGUGGCUAGAAGGUGGAUCAAUGGAAUGCUGGUCUCCAUGCUCAAUUAUGAUGAUGGUGUCUUGGAUCAACAGUCUGUGAUCCCCAUGGUGGAUGGAGGAACUGAAGGGUUUAAAGGCAAUGCUAGAGUGAUAUUACCAGGAAUGAGUGCUUGUGUUGAAUGCACUUUGGACCUGUAUCCUCCCCAAGUAAAUUACCCUUUAUGCACUAUAGCCAAUACUCCUAGAUUGCCUGAACAUUGCAUUGAGUAUGUCAAACUGAUACUUUGGCCUCAAGAAAAUCCAUUUAAUGUUCCCUUGGAUGGAGAUGAUACCCAACACAUUGCUUGGAUUUAUGAGAAGUCUAUGGAGAGAUCAUUGCAAUUUAAUAUUCCUGGAAUCACCUAUAGGCUUGUACAAGGGGUGGUGAAACAUAUUAUUCCUGCAGUUGCCUCUACCAAUGCUGUCAUUGCUGGAAUUUGUGCAACUGAGGUUUUCAAAAUCGCCACGAGCUGUUGCGUCCCAAUGAACAACUACAUGGUUUUCAACGACGUAGACGGCAUCUACACGUACACAUACGAGGCCGAAAAAAAAGAGGAUUGCCUGGUGUGUUCACAAACCCCUCAAAUACUCGAAAUCAAAGACCCCAACAAGAUGAAAUUGAGGCAGCUUCUGGAAUUGUUGGCCGAGAGCGCAGCUUAUCAGAUGAAAACCCCGGGUUUGACGACCGUGAUCGACGGGAGGAACAAGACCCUGUAUAUGGCGACUAUCAAGAGCAUAGAGGAACGCACUCGGGACAAUUUGAAUAAGUCGUUGGUGGAGUUGGGUCUGAGAGACGGCCAGGAUAUUUUGGUCGCCGAUGUCACUUCGCCUACCACUCUUAUAAUAAAGUUGAAAUAUGUGAUCGAUGAUGUGGAAAUGAAAUAAAUCAUUUAUUAUACAAUAUGCACCGG